CAUCCUAAGCAUAUACUUGAGCAUUUUCCUCAACACCCCCACUCCUUUGAUCCUUCCUUCCGCAGCAAGAAAAUUUGACCCCCGUCCAUGUUCCGCUAUCGUAUAUAAAGCCUGUGAAAUAGAGUUUCCAACUUAAACAAAACCAACCUCACAAUUCUCCACCGUUUAUUUACGAAUCUGUAAAUAAGAGAGAGAGAGAGAGAGAGAGAGUUCUUUCGCCGGAUACCUCCGUCAUGCACGAAGGCCACCACCAUCGCCGCUGCCAUAAUCAGGACGAUGAUACGCUUUAUCUGGACUUGAAGAAGCUGAAGGUGAUAUCGGCACUCGGUCGCGGCGCAAAGGGUGUGGUUUUUCUCGUUCGGACUGAGAAUGGGGAAUUGCUUGCACUGAAAGCAAUUUUAAGAUCUUCUAUUGAGAAGAAGAAGCUCGCCAGCUCAAGUGAUGGCAAUGAGUACCGGAGGAUUUGCUUCGAGAGGCAAGUGCUUGCCUCCUUUCAUCAUCCGCUCCUGCCCAAGCUUCAUGGAGUUUUGAUGACUGAUAAGAUCGUCGGAUAUGCCAUUGAUUACUGCUCCGGCCGUGAUCUGAAUUCUUUGAGGAAAAGACAAACUGAGAAAAUGUUCUCCGAUGACAUCAUCAGAUUUUACGCCGCAGAGCUGGUGCUGGCUUUGGAGUAUCUCCAUAAUUCGGGCAUCGUUUACAGAGAUUUGAAGCCGGAAAAUGUCAUGGUUCAGGAAACCGGCCACUUAAUGCUAGUAGACUUCGAUCUCUCAACAAAACUCCCUGCAAAAUCUCCUGAAAAUCGUUCAGUCUCCUCCGGAACGAAGCCGCAGAUCAAACCGAAGAAGAAAAAGAAAUUCGGAUUCUUCUUCAAGCGUCGAGACUCAGGCAUUUCACCGUAUGACUCGGUCCAAAGGGAGGAGCUCGGAUCCAAUUCGAUGAGUUCCGAGUCGGAUUCGGUGGAGAAAUCCAACUCGUUCGUCGGCACGGAGGAGUACGUGGCGCCGGAGAUCAUAUUAGGCGACGGCCACGAUUUCUCCGUCGACUGGUGGUGCUUAGGCGUCAUGCUCUACGAGAUGCUCUAUGGCACGACGCCGUUCCGGGGAUCCAACCGGAAAGAAACCUUUUACCGGAUCAUAACGAAAGCCCCAGACUUGACGGGGGAGUGGACGGCGUUGAGGGACUUGAUCGGAAAAUUACUCGAGAAAGAUCCGCGGAAAAGGAUUUCGGUUCGAGAAAUCAAGGGUCACGAAUAUUUUAGGGCCGUUGAUUGGGACACGAUCACGGAGAUGCCCAGGCCGCCGUUUAUUCCCGAAUUGACGGACGUUGAGGGCAUGGAGGGAAAUAAAGAAAUUGACGUGGAGAGUUAUGUCCAAGGGGUGUUCAAAGUUGGUGAGGAGGGUAAAGUCGAGAAUAACAGGAAAUCAGUCAAUGCAAAUUGCGAGGAGAAUAGGAAUAAAGAUGCGUGGGUUUACAAUCAUCCCACUCAAAUUCAAAAUGACAAUUUUUUGAUUUUUUGAUUUUGUUAUACAUGUGGAUUUAGUGAGUUGAUAACUUAUUAAUGUAUUCUUAAUUUUUACAUGAUUA